AUGGAGUCAAGCAAGUACUAUACGCCAGCGAACGUGUUCCGGCAACCUGCUAUUAUUGUGAAGAAGAGAAGUGGGCGAGUGGCGGGGUCUGAUACGAGGAAUAUGAGCUGGCGCCACUCCCGGUCGUGGCAAAACGAUGCUUCGAGACUGGGUUCUCCGCUGUUGAGAAAGGUAUCUGACGAUUUCAACGAUUUUUACACUACGAAGAAGCUCGAGUCCUCGUAUUGGAGGGUCAACGAUGAAACCAAAUCAGCGUCUCUCCCAGCAAGUCUUUCGGUGGUCGACGAUGCUUUGCUGAUCUCGGAUAUGGAAUCGAGGGAUAACUUGAAACUCAUGAGGAUUGAGGGACAAGCAAAUGAACAACCCAGUUUGCAUGAGCUGCAGGCGAUCUCUGUACCAGGGACUCCAAUCUUCACUUCGAUGUUACUUCCUCGGCCGCAAUUCACGGCAGACUACGUCGAUGGGCACGACCAACUACUGUUGACGGGCCACCAGGACGGAGUCGUGAACUUGAUAUCAACGUCCACGGAUGAAGGUAAUGCCAAGAUUGUCAAGAGAUACAAACAUGGCAAAUUUUUAAGCCAUCGAAAUCCUGUCAGACUUGAUAAUUGGUUGCAAUCGUUCGAGUCAUUGCCGGUUCGAAAAUUGAAAUUUUGGAGCGACCGAGGGUUCGUUUCGCUGGUGAACGAUUCGUUGUUCAUCUACGACAUCAACGGCUCAAGGACUCCUCAAUACUUACAGAGCUUCGCGGGGGUUGAAUCCUUUGCCAUUAACAAGAAUCCUUACCUGCUGUCCUUGUGUGGGUCGCAGUUUGGCGGUAGCGGCGUCGCUUUAUUGGAUCUGAGAUCUGACCAAAAGAGUUCUGGUAGCUUGUAUAUUCCGGAUAAUUGCAGCAGCAGCUCUUUAUCACGGUCAUCCUUACAGAACAGCGCCUCGUAUGACUGUGUUUGGAUCGACGAGUUUCAUUUAGCUAACUGCAUCAAUGAUACGGUCAAAGUUUGGGAUAUAAGGUCAAGUACAGGUGACUGCAAAUUUGAAAUGCUACCGAUGAAAGGGUGUAUUCAAUCGCUGAAAUACCAUGAAGAAUCGAAGACUCUUUACACUGCAGACGAUCAGGGUUUCAUAAUUUCAUGGGAUAUGAAAUUCGCGAAUAAUAUGAAGAGGGCAACACUGGCACAGGGUUUCAGUUCAAUAGUCCUCGAAAAUGAUUUAGACAUACAUGACAUUAGCCAGUGCGGGAACAUUGUGGUAAACGGAACACAUAGCGCAAAUUUGACCGGUGUUAAAGUGCAGGGUUCCGUGUUCAUGGACACUUUGAGUGAUGGUUCACUGUUGACGCUUGGCUCACGAGAACUCGGUUUGCACCGCAUUUGCGACGUUAGAUGUCAAGCAUCGACUGAGAAGACAGCCGAAACCUCGCUUGAGGAAAACACCAUUGCUGUACAGCUCGAGGCUGCUGAAAACGAUAACAGAGUAGCUGAAGAAUCAGACUUCACCUUCUUGUCUAAUGAUAUUGAUAUGUCGUCUUUGUCCAUGCACUCUGAUUGUUCCUCAUCUCACACAUUACACUCAGAACCCGGUCUUGAACUUCUACACUAUGAGAAACAGCCUGAACGUCGAGCAAACAGUAAUAUUUAUUCGCUUAGCGAUAUUGUAUUAAGUGGCUCUACAAUAUAUCACUGA